AUGCCGCCAGUGCUAGCAACAUACUCAGCUGUACACAUACAAACAAAUAUCUCUGACCGUAUGAAAUAUUUGGAGCUUACACCUGCAACGCUGUCGCGCGUGGAGGUUACGGGGGCAUAUCGCAAGCGGCGCGCCAGCGGAGAUGAAAUAUCGUUUCAACUCGCUUCAAGGAAAACUCAUAUCAGGCAUAACUUUUAUCUAGUCAAGGCCCCCGGAGAAUAG